AUGUUUCUUUCUCGGCUAGUUCUGAGUGCAGUGACGGCAAUCUCAGUGGACUACAGGUGCGUUACAUCAUCUGCAGUGGUGUCGUGGGCAGCCGUGUUGGGUGCCACCGCUUACAGGGCCGUUGCCGUAAGCCACAACGGUACGGUUCUAUCCUGCACCUCCAGCCGUCCACAGUGCCAACUCAGUAAUCUGUUGUGUGAUGAGAAUUAUGAGGUGCAUGUCACUGCCAUGUCAAACAACUGCCAGAGCACUGAAGGCAAUUCCACAUACUUCCAAACAGGUCCCUGUCCACCGACAGAUCUGAUGCUGUACAGGGAGUGCAGCAGUAACGUCAUUGUCUUCUCAUGGUCUCCCAACAACUUCUCAGCCUAUUACUUUGCUCAGGCUGUGGACUCCACAGGAAAGGUUAUGGAAUGCAUGACCACAGAGAGUUCCUGCUUCUUCACCGACACCGUCUGCGGACGCCAUUACAACUUCACGAUCUACGGGUCUUCUGCGUCAGUCAGCGAGCAGUGUAACAGUGCACUCAGUCCAGUGAUGAACAUAAGCACUGCACCCUGCCAGCCAACAUACAUGGAUACAUCAACGAACUGUCAGACGGAUGUUCUUACCAGCAAUUGGGAUGCUUCAAAUGGAGCGCUGCAGUACAGGGUGGACGCCUUUGGUAACCGUGGAAACUACAGCCACUAUGUGUGUAACUCAGUAACACAGAGCUGUAAUAUCUCGGGCAUACAGUGUGGGGAGAGUCUUACCAUGCUGAUCACUGCUAUGGAUGAUGAAUGCAGCAGUUCUCUGGCUAUCGGACAGGUGGCACAGACUAGUGAGUGA